AUGACUGGGGAGAAUGAGAUGGUGAAGAAUCUGAAAGCCUCCAGUUCUUCCUCCUUUGUGGCCCGCCCCUUGCCCUAUUUCACUGACAGGGCAGGGGCAAGGGUGUCCUCCGGAAGUCGUCUUCUCUUAGGGUUCCUUACUGGCGGCUUGGGGACUCCAUCUCCCGUCUUCCACGGGGGAAACCUGACCUCUUACGCCUGCGCUCUGCGUACUUUCCCGCCCUCCCCGUUUCUCUUCCCCCCUUCCCCUCCCCCCUACCCCCCCCACCGCUUCGCCUGCCGCGGUCGGGUCCGCGGCCUUCGCUGCGCGGCUUUGCUGCUGCCGCCGCCGCCCCUGGGAGCAACUUCUCCCUCUCCCUCCCCAGCCCCGGCCCGGGUGCGUGGAGACGCGAGGGCCCUCCCCAGAGAAGCCCUAAGCUCCGGAGCCUCUGGAAAGGGGCUGAGGGACACGGGACGGCCCUUGGAGGGGGUAGUCCAGGGAACCGGCCCCUGCGAAGUUGGCUGGGGGCCCGGCCUCCUAGGGGGGAGGAGAGGGCCCUCUGGGCAGUUGAUGGGGCCCGCUGACGUAAAGAUGAGUAGCUCGAGGAAGUAAUGGAUCUCAUGGUUCUGUGGGCUAUCGUGCAAUGAAUUCUUCUGUGAGGUGGAUGAAGACUAUAUCCAGGACAAGUUCAACCUCACUGGGCUUCAAUGAACAGGUGCCCCCUAUAGGCAGGCACUAGACAUGAUCCUCGACUUGGAACCUGAUGAGGAGUUGGAGGACAACCCCAACCAGAGUGACCUGAUCGAGCAGGCAGCCGAGAUGCUGUAUGGACUGAAUUCAUGCCCGCUACAUCCUCACAAAACCGUGGCAAUCGCCCAGAUGUUGGAAAAAUACCAGCAGGGAGACUUUGGCUAUUGUCCCCGUGUAUAUUGUGAAAACCAGCCCAUGUUGCCCAUUGGACUGUCAGACAUACCAGGUGAGGCCAUGGUGAAGCUGUACUGCCCCAAGUGCAUGGAUGUUUACACCCCCAAGUCGUCCAGGCACCACCACACAGAUGGUGCUUACUUUGGCACUGGCUUUCCCCACAUGCUCUUCAUGGUGCAUCCUGAGUACAGGCCCAAACGGCCUGCCAACCAAUUUGUGCCCAGGCUGUAUGGCUUCAAGAUCCACCCUAUGGCCUAUCAACUGCAGCUUCAGGCAGCCAGCAACUUCAAGAGCCCUGUCAAGACCAUCCGCUGACUUGUCUCCUCCCCUUCCCCCAAACACCUCAGGCUGUGACACCAUUCCCUUCCCCUCUCCCCCCAGUACACACACACACACACACACACCUUUCCAGAACCCCUAAUGGUUUUUAGUUUAAAUUAAGAAGAAGUCAUUAUUGUGGUGGUGUGGUGGGAGUAUGAAAUAAAGUGGAGGAAAAGGCA